UUAAAAAUUUAAAAAAAAAAUGGAUGACAAUGGUGAUGAUUUCGAUAGUUUUUUCAAUACCAAAAAAACUAAAUCUUCAACUCAAACAAAAACCUCUAAAAUCUCCUCCGAUCCCAUGGAAGAUCUUUUUGGAUUAACAGAAAAAACAUCGAACCAGAGAAAACCUACAGCCAGCUCAAAAGCCAUACGCGAAGAACCCGAAGACGAUGAUGAUGAUUUAGGAUUCGAUCCUAAAAAACCUAAAGCUUUAACAAAAUCACAAAAUUUAUUUGAUGAUAUAUUAGCGCCUUUAGAAACAAAAAGACCACAAACUUCGGCAGGACCAAGUACCAGCAACAAACCCUCAAUUUCGAGACAAUCUACUGAAACCACUACAGAUACCUCAAAUAUUUUUCAAGCACAAGCAGCAAGACCAAAAACAUCUCAGGGACGAAGAACUUCUAAUAUGUCGGCAACACAAAAUCCUGAUCCUUUAGGUUUAUUCACUAAAGAAAAAGAAACUUCUAAACCUUCUUCGAGAAUAUCAUCGCCGAAGACACAAAAAAGAAGCAACACAGCUGAUUGGUUGGGUUUGGCUAAGGAUCCGGAAAUAGAAACUGUCAAAGUGGAACCUAGAGCAGAGACACCUAAAACCAGCAAGUUACAGAAGGCUUCUUCUAAAGAAACAACUGAAAUUUUAAAACUGCCGGAACCCACUGAUAACCAGGAGGAUUUUCAAACUGAGGUACAGCCAGAGGAUCAUGAAGAAAUUAAACAAAUGCCUCCCCAAACCCAAGACCACUUAAUGUUAGAUUCCACCAGCCAAAAUAUCAUGUUAAUGAAUACUUUAAAUCUGGAAGCUAAACAAAGUUUUUCGGCCUUAAAAUAUCAAGAGCAGCAGUUAAUAAUGGCCUCUCAAAUGAAGCAACAGGAAAGAGUUUUAAUGGAUAUGCAGCACAAACAGGACUCUCUAUUGCAACAACAGGAACGACAAUUUCAGGCUCUUUUCCAGCAACAAAUGCAAAGACAUCAGCAAUUAGAGGAUUUAAUUAAACACCAACAGCAGCGUAUUAAUUCACACAUACAACUUUUGAUGAGCCAACCUCCCAUGACACAAUCUAUGGAAGACUUUGAAUUAUUGGAUAAUAAACCUGUUCACGCUAGAAAAACUUAUAGAGAAGAUGAAGAGGAAAAUGAAACAGAAACUACUCGCAGAGAUUUGGAAAAAGAAAAACAAAUGUCCUUUGAUUUUAUUCAACUUGAGUCGGACAAUAAACGUUUGGAAUUGGAAAAUCUGAGAUUGGAAGAGUUAAUAGCCAAUACAAAAAGCAACUAUGAAAGAGAAAUUGAGCUGCUGGAGAGAUCUUACAAAAAACAAAUUGAAGUCCUGGAGCAGCAUCUUUCCAGUGUGGAGAAACGUUUGAAAUCCGAAUUAGAAGAAGUGCAAACUUAUUUUCAAACCAAAAUCGAUGUGCUCGAACAAGAGAAAAUCACACUCAAGAAAAAUUACGAAGAAGAACUCUCCAAUCUAAAACAAGAUCAUGAAGAUGAUCUACGCAAAUUGCGUAAAAAUCAGGAAGAAGAUUUAGAAAUGCUUAAAGAAGAACACAGACGCAUGUUGGACAACAUAAGACAAGCGAAAAUGUUGGAAUUCGCCGCUGUACAAGAAAAUGGCUCUUACCUUGAUUGUCUCAAAGUAGCUUCCAGUAAUCUCAGUGAUUUAACCGGAGGUCUUAAUGAGCUCAAAGAAAAUAUGCAAAACAAAAUGGAAAUAUUACAACUGGAACGUGAGAAAGCUUUAGAACAGCGUGAAAAGAAAAUAGAGGAUAGUGAGAGAAGACUUAAAAUUACAGAAGAAUCUAAUGAUUUAGAGAAACAAAGACUCAUGGAUUUGGUUAGUACUUUGGAAUUGCAAAUGUCUAAAAUUUCUAAAGAUUCUGCCGAAGAAAAUUGGCAACUAAGACAAAAACUUGCCAGUAUAGAUGCCGAGAAAAUGGCUUUCAAUAAAGAGAAAGAAUUUUUCCGCGAACAAAUGCUUAGAGAUGAGGAGAGAAUUAAAGACUUAAAAGAACAGCAAUUACUGGAGACCCAAAAACUGCAAGUACAGUUACAAGAGGAAAGAGCUCAACUUCAGGUGGAGAAAUCUAAAUUUGAAUUGGAAAAACGUUUGCAAAGCAAUACCGAUGUGCAAAAGGAACGUAUGGAAGUAGAGGCGGCCAUGCAGGUGACUCAAGAUGCUGCCCGUAAAGCCGAUUUGGAAAGAGAGCGUUUUUAUAAAAUGCAAAGACAACUGGAGCAACAAAAACGUGAUCUCAGUGAUAAAGAACAUGCUCUUAAUGUCAGAGAAGAGGAGUUGCAUCAAGAGCUCUUAUCCUAUCGCAUGGCAGAGAGAGUGGCUCAAGAGUCUCAACAAAAAGCCAAAAUGGCUGAACAAUUCUACCAGAACAAACUGCAGUUGCUACAGCAGAGAUCUAAUGAAAUUGCGGAAAAAGAAACAAAUUUAUCACAAGAACGUUUACUGCUCGCUCAAGAUCGUAUUGCUCUGCAUGCUUUGAAAACUAAACUCUCACAACAACCUAAAUGUUCUCUUUGUCAGUUGUCACAAAAGAAUCAAGAGAUUACACAAUCUUUACAGGGUUCUACGCCUAAUUUACCUAACGUUCCUAAGGAAUUUACUUUGGCAAAUGCUACUCCCCGAGAUAAUUAUGAUUUUUUGCAUCAGACAAAUGUAGUUGAACGUUUGUUGGACGCAAAUAUUGCAGAUUCUUUAAGGAAAAUGCAGACCACUUCAAAUUUCGGUUUAGAAUGGGAAAAUCUUUUGGAUGAUGAUCACAAAAAGAUGGUACAAAAUGAUGAUUAUCAAAUUUCGUGCGGAGCUAAUGUGCCCAAGACAGAAUUGUAA